UUGCAGAGCUGUGGAAAUGGGUCUGAACUCACAUGCUGCCUAUCUCUUUGCUCUGUGGACCAGCCACCUGUUUCUCCUGACAGCUGGGCACUCAAGGGUGAAUCCUAGAAUUAUUACAGCUCCAAAAGGGGAGAGACGCUUUCCGCUGGAGAAGCACGAGAAUCUCCUAACUCUCUACCAUGAGGAGGGGAAUUCCUCUCUCUUGGUGGGAGCGGAGGGAAAGCUCUACUACUUCGACUUUGAGAGCUCCAGUAACCACAUGGAGGACUUCCCAGAACAGGAUUCAGGAGCCUGCCAAAAACCAGAGGAGAAGAAGAACUACCUGACUUUCAUUGGCAAGUACCACGACAUGCUGUUGAUAUGUGGGACAAAUGCCUGCAAGCCCACCUGCUGGAACUUGGCCGAUCGGAAUAAAUCUGAAGUGGCUGCGCAGGGCUUGGCCCCUUUUGUGCCUAACCAGAACUCCCUGGUCCUUGUUGAUGAUGAAGCCAUCUAUUCCACCAUCAGCUUGCACCAGCACAAUGGGAAGAUACCCCGCUUCCGCCAGGUCCGAGGGACUGGGGAGCUCUACACCAGCGACACAGUGAUGCAGAAUCCAACAUUUGUGAAAGCCACUGUCAUCAAGCAAGAUGAGCGCCAUGAUGACAAGAUCUACUAUUUCUUUCGAGAAGACAAUCCGGACAAGAGUCCCGAGGCCCCGUUAAAAGUCUCCAGAGUGGCCCAGCUGUGCAAGGGAGACAAAGGGGGCACCAGCUCCCUCUCUGCUUCCAAGUGGACCACCUUCCUGAAGGCCACGCUGGUCUGCGUUGACCCGGCCACCAAGAGCAACUUCGACUUGCUGCAGGAUGUCUUCAUUGUCCCGUCAGACAAGAACUGGAGGGAAACCAGAGUGUAUGGACUCUUCUCUAACUGCUGGGGGUACUCUGCCGUUUGCGUCUACACCAUCGGUGACAUUGACACGGUGUUCCGGACAUCGAAACUCAAAGGCUACACUAAGGACAUGCCCCACAUCCGUCCUGGACAGUGCCCUUGGGGCAGAAAUCGUACCCCUCCUGAGACUUUCAAAAUAGCUGACCUCCACCCGGAGGUGGAGGAAAGAGUGCAGCCUGUUGCCCCCAGGAAUAGCCCCCUAUUCCACAACAAGAAUCACUACCAGAAAAUCGGAGUGCACCGCAUCCAGGCGAGAGACGGACACACCUACAACGUCCUCUAUUUGGUGACAGACAAAGGGUAUAUCCACAAAAUGGUGGCAAUGCCGCACGGCGUCCUGAACAUCCUGGAGAUCCAGCCCUUUCAACAGCAAGCUCCCAUCCUGGCCAUGACCCUGGAUCAUAGAAGGGCAAAGCUGUAUGUGAGCUCGCCGACCGAGGUGGUCCAGUUGCCCAUGGACAUGUGCGAGGUAUAUAACAGGAGCUGCGAGAGCUGCGUCAUGGCAACGGAUCCUUACUGCGGAUGGGCAGAUGGGAAAUGCGUCUCCAUUAAAACUAACCUGACAAUGCUACAGAAUGUGACCCUGGAGUCCUCACCGGAAAUAUGUACCCGUUCGGUCUUCAGACAGCAGGAAGUGGACAGCCCGGAGAGCUACCGGAACGUCACUGUGGCGCUCUUCUCCCGCUACUUCCUGCACUGCCCCACCGAAUCCCACGCCGCCACUUACAUGUGGCACCACAAUAGCAGCCGCAUCCAGAACUGCAGCUCCACCCACGGGCCCUGCAUCCACUUCAUCGAGAACAUGACCCACGACCACUACGGGCGCUACACCUGCAUCUCGGAGGAGAGUGGCUUCUCCCAAACCCUCGUGAAGGAAUGGCUGCUGAAGCAGCCUGUGCCCUCCCAGACUUUGAGGCAGAGCAGCCAGGCUGUGGCCGCCUCCCCCUCCUUCUGGCUGGGCUUCCUGCAGAUGAUGGCUCUUGCCCUGCUGUUCCAGUGAAAGGGUGGGGUGGUGUCCACACCCAUGGGCCAGGACUCACCAUUUGGACUACUGUUGAUCCUCUUCAAUUUCUUACCAGCACCUGAGCAAGGAAGGGAUAGCCCCAUCCCAGUGGCUGCUCUCUGGACAUUCAUCUUUGUGCACCUUGGCCCCCCUCUCAACUUCGUAAGUGGCAUCCCUUCCACUCGAAGCAGAUGGAUUCCAUCCCCCCACAUGUCUGUGCCCAUUGAAUCCAUCAUGGCAGCUUUAUGCCGGAAGGUGUUUUAGGGACACUGAAUGGAGGGGAUGAAACCAGCCCAGAUCCCUCUCCUGAUUCCAUGCAGCACAGGAGCUGAGGCCACCAAAGAGAGGGGGCAAGACGGGACUGAAGCUAAUGCCACCAAAGAGUAACACGGGGCUGAUCUGACUGUCUAGCGAGGGAGGGAUGUGCACACAAGGGAAGCUAGGCUCAGGGGAGAGGAAGGGGGCAAAAUAAAGGAGAGCGGAGUCAUGGUUUGGGACAGGAAGAUGCGCAGGAGGUGACAUAGCCGGGGGGGCAGGGAAUGGAGGGGGCUGUCAGGGAGGAGGGGUGGAAGAGAUGGAAAGAUCAUUUUAAUAAGUGUUCUGCACUAGAAGAGGAAGGGUCUGCAGAUCGGUCACCAGGAGGUCAGGGGAUGGGGAAGGAUCCUGCCUUGGUGUUUCUCUGCUAAAAGGGAAAGGCAGAGCAAUUGAUGUAGACAGCAACAUAGGCGCCGACUCCGUGGGUGCUCUGGGGCUGGAGCACCCAUGGGGAAAAAUUAAUGGGUGCUCUGCACC